CGUCUCUAUGACAACAUGUUGUUGCCAGGACAACAUACGCCCCCUGCUGGCUAUAUAGACAGUGGUACUAUCUUCAAUCAACCCUUCAUUUUAUCAUUCAUCCAUCUACUGCAUCCCAAUCCUGCUACAAUGAUAGCGGGCUACUCAGUCCUCGUCUUUUGCGCUUUUCUGGCAAUUAAAGCCAGCGCCCAAACAUGUUCCAGCAGGCCUGGUUACCAAUGGAUCAAGCAGGGAUGCCGAGUCGACAUCCACCGGUCGAUGACCCUAUUGUUCGAUGACCGCAUCAACUUUGACGAUACGGACCCAAAUUACCUCAACGGACUUGUCUGCAGAUGCAUGGAUGCAGCCAUUACUAAUGGACGUUCGUGGUUCGCUAUCGAAAGUCUGGGAAUGUGCUUCACCAAAGCCGGUGUGAUCUCUUCGCACUUUUCGACCUUUCCUCUAGAUCCUGCAGAUAACUGCUAUGGUCCUGUCUUGCAAAAAAGCAACAUAACAUACAACGGAAUACCAUGUGUUGGAAGCCAGUUCAGGGCAUACUUCUACAACAUUCAGGUUCCAUUAGCUUCGCCCCCGAUCGAAGAGCCCCUGUUCUCCCCACUCGAAGAACCUUUGCUUGAGGAGCCGCUGCUUUGUAGCAAGAAGGCAGACAUUGCCUUCUACGUGGACGUGUCAGGAAGCAUCGGGCAGAAUAACCUGGAGCGAGUGAUCGCGUACAUCCUCAAGUUCUUAGACAGAUUUGACUUCGCUCAGGACAAGACCCGAGUUGCAGUUGUCGAGUACGAUGUUGUCCCACACACCAAGCUGACGCUUAUGGGGAGCGGUCUUGCAUCAAUAUCUGACAUUCGAGAGAUCGUAGCCAGCCAAAUAAGGUUCUCUGGCAAGUCAACACGAACCGACCUUGCGUUGAAAAACGCGCAAAACUUGUUCCAGAGGGAGCAAAGGAGUGGUGUUCCCAAGACCCUGGUGAUCAUCACGGAUGGGAGAAGCUGGUAUGAUGACACAUUGCUGAACGGAGCUAUCGCAGGUAUUAAGGCCUUGGGCGUGAAAACUCUGGCAGUCGCUGUUGGAGAUGAUUCAAUGCUUGAAUUGGAAAGACUCCAGUCGAUCUGCGAAACACUCGACAACGUUAUUAAACUCGGAGAGUACGAGAAUCUGCUCGCUUCCGCUGAUACCACACUCAACAAGCUGGUCCAGACAGCCUGUGUGCUUUAAGCCAUGUUCAUGUAUCCAAGACAGCUUCUCACAAGUAAACAAAGAAAUCUAAAGCAGAGGCAUAGAAACGAUAAUAGUAAAUUAUGAUGAUAUUAAAGGCUGGAGAUUAAUUAAUGUUUUAAUUGAGAAGCUGCUGUCUAUACAAUUGUCUUACAAAUACGAAUAAUAAACUUAUAUUUCUCGAUCAGUA